CAGCACCCCUCAUAUUCUCAACCUGUUGUGUACAGCCCAUCUCAGACCUGGGCAAGAUAUUGUGUUUGAGCAGAGCAUUUUUAACCCGUUCAAGUAGCAAGAUGGCCGAGGGAUCUCUUGCUACGGCCGACAUCGUCAUCAUUGUUCUUUACUUCGUGUUCGUCAUCGUUGUCGGGCUAUGGUCUAUGUACAAGACCAACAGAAGCAAUGCCAGUGGAUAUUUCCUCGCAGGACGAUCGAUGUUAUGGCUACCCAUCGGGGCGUCAUUAUUUGCAAGUAACAUCGGAACUGGCCAUUUCAUCGGUUUGGCGGGCACUGGGGCCGCAGCCGGGGUAGCCGUGGCGGCUUACGAAAUCAUGGCAGCAUUUGCUAUCCUUCUCCUCGGUUGGAUAUUUCUUCCAGUGUAUGUGUCUUCAGGGUAA